CUCCCGGCCCGGCACCUACACAGUUGCAUCGUACUCCUGGCAGUGAAGACUUAGGCAGCCGAUUUACGAUGGCAUCACGGAGUCUGCUGCUGUCGGCUUUCCUGCUGCUGACUUUGGCGCUGGUUUCGCCAUCAGAAGCCAAGCUUCCCUUGGAUAUUUGUCCUUUUAACCCUCUGGGAGCACAGAACUAUGAAGGGGAACCAUUCAGGACUUGUUGGGGUCUCUGCCGCACCGCUUGCAGAACUGACGAACGAUCCGAUGGUCUCUGCUACCGCUCCAAGUGCAUUUGCUGCAUAAAAGAUCGGUCUGGAGGUGAGGACUCCGGUGAGUCCCAUGAACUUCCCUUUGGGGGUUUUCCUGGCCUGGCCCCUGGGGGGAAGCCUCUCAAAUGCCAAAAGAACCACUGUGAUUCGGCUGAGGUCUCACACAGUAUAGGGGAACCCGUCGUGUUCGUAUUCCCUAAGUGCCGGAGGAAGUGUAAGGCGAAGAAGGAGCUGACAAUGGGCACCUGCGGCAGUGGGUCUUGCGUCUGCUGUGUUCCCAAAACCGCGAUACCCUUCGACGUAACGAGAGAACUGGAGAGGCUGAAUGCCAACGUUGCCGAAGCGAGAGAAGUGGAAAGGCUGAAUGCCAACGUUGCCGAAGAGAGAGAAGUGGAAAGGCUGAAUGCCAACGUUGCCGAAGAGAGAGAAGUGGAAAGGCUGAAUGCCAACGUUGCCGACGCGAGAGAAGUGGAAAGGCUGAAUGCCAACGUUGCCGACGCGAGAGAAGUGGAAAGGCUGAAUGCCAACGUUGCCGAAGAGAGAGAAGUGGAAGGCUGAAUACCAACGUUUCCGAAGAGAGAGAAGU